CAUGCAGCAGAGGAGCCGCAGAAGAGCCACAGAGGACACAGAGGGAAACUACUACAGCAACACAAAAUGAGCUAGACAAGACAACAAAAGGAUCUACCAAACAGACAUCGAAGCAAAACCAUCAAAACGACCAGAAUUCAAUAACGUCUUUUCAGACUAAUAAUGUCGUCAGUUCACCAUCGGCUUCUGAACAAAACUCUCAAAAUUCUGCGUCUUCAGUCCCGACAUCUAUGAACAAACCUGACGUAGUCCCACAGUCUGUUGUAGAAGCCAUAAUUAAUCAAGGAUUUCCAGCAUUGGCCAAGACAACAAAGCCGAUUCCUGCCAGUGUUUUUUCAUAUCGUUUUGCUUCUCCAUCCAAUAACCAGACACCAUACUACAUCUCUUCUGACAUAGUAUUGAGUGGCGGAAUAGCACAACAGACGAGGAGAAGAAUCGUCCACAAUGAAGUCGAAAGAAGAAGAAAAGAUAAAAUUAAUGGAUGGAUAACCAAAUUAGCUGAAACAAUUCCUGGAUGUUUACAAGGAAAACAGAGUAAAAAUUUGGUCUUAGAGAGGGCUGUGGAUUAUUUUAAAGAGGUGAACAAUAAAGUGGCUCAGUUGGAGGAAUGUCAGCAGCAAAGGAACAGCCUUGUUCUAGACAACCAAGCACUCAAGCAAAGACUUGAAGUCCUCCAGAAACAGAACGACAAAUUGCAAGAACUUCUUCGUAAGAACAAUAUUAACGUACCAGAGAACCUAGGCUGUACUACUUCGACUGCCACACAAUCUACUCAAAGUGUUACAAUUACCAAUGAACACCAACCACAUUUUUCUGGCCAAUUAGGGGUCUCUGAUAACACCGUUGUUACAUGGAUGACACCUGGGAAGACACCAAUGGCUACCUCUUCUACUUGCAUUAGCACUGCUACAGAAAUUAGUCCAAGCUUUAGUCAAUCAGUAAAGGAAGUACUGAUAUCUCCAAGCUUAUCAAUUGGGUCUAGUGUCUCCACAACAAGUCCUGUUCAACAGCCAAAUUAUUCGUCGUAUACUGUUUCAUCAAUAAUGAAUGAGCUACCUGAAGGUGUUGUCUCACUUGUAGAUAGUAACAACACACAGGAAAAUGUUCCUUCUUCUGCAACGUUGACAGUUGGUGUGAAUAAUACUGCUGUCAAUAAUACUGCUAGUAAUAACAGUGUUAUGUCAGCAGCCGUUCCUGUUGCUGUAACUAAUAAAUUAAAUACCCAGACACUUGGUUCCCUUUGUGUUCCUGAGGGAAGAGCCAUAAUGGGUAGUCAAAAUUGUACUGUGCAAGACGUUGAAGCUCAAGGAAGUAAUGGAACAGGAACAGUGUAUCUUGCUGGCAGUGGAGGAAUUAUCACACAAGGCAAAGGGACAUCUGCACCUCAGGUUGUCCUUUGUCAGGCACCAAAAGUCUCAGGUACUCAUGGGUCUGCUUCUAUUAAUGUCCCUAAAGGCAUAUUUGUGGCCCCUGUGGUGACACAGAGUUCUAAUGUUCUUAACUUGUCCCAUCAAGCAGCUCCAGUAGUCUCCAAUAAUAACAUAAUUAUUCGGACUCAAGGACCUAUUGUAACUCUAGGUAAUCCUGCUGUACCAAGUGCACCUGCAACAGCAAGAAGCAUAUCAAACAAGCCUUUGUUCAGCAGUUCUCUUAAUGGCAUUAGUUCUACAGAAGCAUCUCAGAAAAGUACUUUGUUACAACCUCAAGGAGUUGUCGCCUUGAAUAGAUACGUAACAACAGUUCCCUCCACAACCACAAACAAUCCAGUCAACCAGGGAUUUCUUCCCAUGACAAUCAAUCAAGGUGUAUCCAUGGCAACAGACAAUGUAUGCGUACUUCCUUCUAAUGCCUUACAGCCAGGACUAGUGAUACUGAAUACAAAUACUGCACCUGUAGUUAAUUCUAUUCCCCUUACUUCUCAAGCGUUGUCAGAAUCAGCUUCAACACCUAGUCAUCUGAUAACAGGAAACUUGACUUCGGGGCUGGUCACCUUAAAUGUACCCCCUAAGCCAGUGGGUGUGGUCACUGGAACACCCAAUAAAAUACUUCAACAACCCCAAAAUCUUGUUGCGGUUAAUAUUCCUCAGGCGGCCCUGCAGGUAAAUUGCACCACAUCUGCAACCACGACGUCUUAUGGCAAUGCCUUGGUCAGUCUGCCAACAUCAUCUGCUAACUUUACCCCAUCAUCUCGAACGGCAUUUGUUAUUGUUCGUAGUACGCAGCCACAACAGACUGUACACUACACCAUCCCUUCCCAGGCAGUCUCGCAAAUCAACUAUAAUGUAGGAGAGAUGAGAAAUGCAACGACAAAUUGUGUCACUUUAAUGUCAACAAGAACCACUCCUUCAACUGUUGCACAACCAGCGUUAUUUCAAACAAAUACGGGAGUUCUUCAGCCUCCGUGUCCAUUUUCGUUCAAUGUUUCUUCAAGUACUGGCUCUGCUAUUAGCACAACCACUUGUGCACAAAACAGUCAAAAAAGCUUCUCGUCGUCCUUGACUAACAGAACCUCCACUCUUGUUUCGUCACAGCCUUUCACAAAGACACCAAAAAGCGUAAAUGCCAAGAAGAGGCCUUCAAGUAGAUCACAUUCAAAUUCAAAGUCUAAAAAAGCUAAACAAUCUAAAUCAAGCCAACAGGGCGUUUCUAAUUCGACUUCAAAUCUAACUAGUACGUCAUCGACUUCCCAAGUCUUGACAUCUACAAGAAAUGAAACGAAUGAACCACACAGGAAUCCCAACUCGAUGGAUAUCUGUCAACAUGAAGAUAUGCUGAGCAUACAGAAUUUUAGUAUUAGUAGCCUUAUACCAAGUAUUGAUGCACAGACAUCAGCAAAGUCCAGCUCCCCCCUGAAUACUAAGUUGUCUGAUAAUGUCGUUAGGACGACCGGAGACAGCACAAGACAAGUUAGAACUUCACAACCAGCAAGUAGUAAUCAACGGUUAUCACACAGUAUUGACUCGUUGACUGGAAGAAACAAUGUCAUUGGACAAGCUCAAAACGGUUUUCAACAACACCAACAGCAAUCGCAAUCCAACAUUCUCAGCUUCUCGGCCGAGUCGUUGCUGGGGUCUGGUGACGACCUCGUUCCUAACAUUCAACCAAUCACCUGCAGUAACGCUGCCACCCACAAUUUUAAUAACCAGAAUACGUUUUCUAUUUCCGCGUUUCAAGAAUCUGCCAAUGACGGGACCAUUAAUCAAACCUUCUCGAAUUUUUCCGCAGAAGCUCUAAUCUCUGAGAGCGAUUUAAUUGGAAUCUCCAAUGAGCCUCAGUCCUCGCGAUCAAACUGCACACAGGGAGCCCAAAGUGGAAAACACACACACACCAGAACUCAAAUGUUUUCUGAUUUCUCAGCGGAGUCUUUGAUCAAUUCUAGUGACCUUGGAUCUGGUCUUUCAUAUGCCAUUGAUAAUCUCAUUUCGAGGUCUGAUAAUAAUGACAACAGUAUUGCUAUGGUUAGCGUGAAUCCCAACUUGUUACACACAGCCACAUCCAGUAUGAUUCUUCCAGACAAAAUGAAUCAGUCCAUGUACAGCACAAGCAUACCAGUAACACCCAUGUUACAAACAUCAGUGUAUCCGCACAGCACGGCCAUGCCCGUCACACCUAUACUUAAGAACCACUCACUGACUAGUAACAUGGAUUAUCAAAAUACUAUCAACACUACGUCUACGGAUCUAACAUCUUACGGCACAAUGAAUAUGACGUCAUUUUCAAAAUAUGGCUUCUCGAGUCCACAGAAACAACAAAAAGAUAUCUUUUCGUAUAAACCUAACGGUACGGUAACCCUCACCUAUCCCACAAGCUCCGUGACUACGUCUCCUACAUUCCUUAAGCAUUCUGUGGACAGCAUCACUGCUUCGCAGCAUAACUCAACCUCAACGACAGGAGCUGUGGCUUUCAAUUCCCCGCUUACAAACAAUGUGGUUUGUCCUACCUUCAACUCAUUGUUCUUUGACCAAAUCAGUCCACAGCAAUUCCCAAUUGGCGGGAAUUCUCAUUCGAAUAACUUAAAUAAAACCUUCCAAGGACCUACGAUGGGGAGCUUUGCUUGAUUGUCUCCAUGGUUACUGUUUUAAUGCAACGUUGAGCUUGUGCAUUCUUUACUAGCUUUACCGUUGGUGUUUGUGAAUAUUUAGACACUGAUUCGGGGCUAGCCCUGAGUAAAUGAGUUGUAACAAGAAACACAGCGAUAAUUUUGAACUCGAAAAUGGUAUAUUUAUAUUUAUAUUUAUCUUACCAAUAAAUAAACUUAAUCGAAAGAUUAAAAAAUACUUGAAUCAUAUGGCUGUACCCCUUGAAGGGCUGCCAAGUCGUUGAAUAGAUACAAAAUAUUUUGGAUUGCGUAAGAGGUAACAUAAAAUAUAAUGUCAAAAAAAAUUAGUAAUGAAAAGAUAUUUUUUCUAAGGUAUAUUUAUCGUAGGCUGUAUAAGUCAUACGAAAAUAAUUUUUUAAUACUUUAGUAUUUAACAGAUUUGCUUUUGUAACGUUCAUUUUCCAUUUUAGUUUUCCCGAAACUUUUUCAGGUUUUACUCGCAGAAUAACUCAAAAAUGGAAGAAAGCUCGGUCUGUAAAUGCAUUUCUAUUCCGUUCCCCAUAUAGUACUAAUAGUAGAAUCUUUUGUUGAAAUGUCAUAUGUUUGUUGUAGGUAAAGGAUACGUUUUGCAGCACGUUUUCUUAAUUUUAUUUUUUCUGAACAUGAAUUUGGACCCAGAAAAAAAGCCAAAACUUACAAGCACGUUUCAACACGGUACUACAACACCCGGAAGUAACAUGACUUCCACGGACGCAACACGAGCUUACAGUUUUAUACCUCUUUUCAAGUCUCUAAAAAACGUUAUCGAUUUUACUAAUGAUUAAAGGCUUCUCAAAUUAAAGUUGCAAGAGCACAUGCCAUAGCUACAACAUUUUAGAUAUUCAAAAUAUAAUUGUAACACUGAAGUAAACUCUCAAACUGUAACUUUAAAUAAAGCGAGUUUAAGAGAG